AUGGGGGAGAUUGAUACGAAAUCAAUUGAAUCAGUUCAAGCUGCAAUCACCUUGUUUGAUGAGAGAAAUGAUCAGAGGAAAAUCCGAUCCUGUAGCAGUGAUGAAUUGGAGAAGGUGACAGAGCUUGAAGGCCUAAUAAAGGACUUGGCCAAUGUCAAGAUUCAAUUGGAGGCAAAGGACUCUGCCUAUAAAAAAGCCGUUCAAAGGCUAGACCACAAUCAAAAAACAGCCGCUGAACUUUCAAGCUUACUAAAGAAGUACGAGUUUGAGAAACAUUUAGCCAUCAACGAAUGUAGACAAGGUAGGGUGCGCGAGGAAGAACUAGAAUCCAAAAUGAAGGAGAUGGCUGAUCAACUGGUGGAGACUGAAAAGGUCAGAGAGCGGCUUUCACAGGUUAUAAGGGAGUCAAAUGCUACACAAGGGGAACUACUUAGCAUGGAAACAGAACUUGCUGCGGUUGGAGAAGCAAACGUUGAGGCCAUGACACGAGCAGAAAUGGCGGAAACUGCUUUAGGCAUGGAGAAGGUGAAGACAGAAGGGCUUCUGAGGCAUGUAUCAGAGCUUAAUGAGACUAUUCUUCACUCAAAUCUUGCUGCUACUGAGGCAGAGAAAGAAAAAUGUGCAAUUUUAUCUGAAAAAGAGGCCGAGUUAGAAUUAGCGACAGCUGACAUAGUCGAAGCACAGGAACAGCUAGGAUGCAUGAGAAAACAGCUUGACAUGAUGCAGAAUUGGGAGAAUCAACUACUGGCAAAGUCUAUGUUUAUUGAUUCUCUGCAGUUGGAACUUAAACAACUGAAUGAGCUACAAGUUUCAUCCCAAAAAGCUGCCACUGAUGCCAUCGAAGAAUUAAACCUACUAAAAUUGAACAUGGAAUUACAGGAAAGAAAGAACUCAGAUCAGGCAGUUUAUAUCAGUUUACUAGAAACGGAGCUGAAUCAAUUAAAGUUAGGACAUAGUAAAGCAAAGGAAGAGGUGAGGGGAUUGAAUUGUGAUAUUGAAACAAUGACAGGGGAGUUAGAGAAGAUUAAAAUCGAGAUGGAUGAGACCAGACAGAAAGCGACUGAAGCCCAAGUUGAGAUAGCGUUGCUGAAAGCUGAACUUCUUAAAGGGAGUAAAGCAAAGGAAGAGGUGAGGGGAUUGAAUUGUGAUAUUGAAACAAUGACGGGGGAGUUAGAGAAGAUUAAAAUCGAGAUGGAUGAGACCAGACAGAAAGCGACUGAAGCACAAGUUGAGAUAGCGUUGCUGAAAGCUGAACUUCUUAAAGGGAGGUCAAAAAUUGCUGCCGCUGAGGCAGCUGAAGCAAGAGCAAUGGGCGAAAAGUCUGGCCUAUAUCGUGCAGUCCAGCAAUUAGCAUUGGAAGCAGAAGCAGCUAAAAAAGAGACUCGAAGGUUACAAGAAGAAUCAGGUAAGGAGGCUGAAGAAACUGAGAACUCUGUCCUCAGCGGCGAAGCCCGAUGUGAAAAUACUUCUCAUGAUGAAGAAAUUACACGAAAUGAUCAAGAAGAGAGAGAAAAUGACACCGAUGCUGUUAUCACAAUUUCAAUGGAGGAAUAUGAGACCUUGAUUAAUAAGGCUGAGAAGGCAGAUCAUGUUCUAGAGCCGGUAUUUGAAAAUAGGUAUGAGUUAGAAAUUUUGAAGAGGGAGCUGGAUAUCGCGACAGUGAAAAUUGGAGAGUUCAGAACACGAGCAGAACAGGCUGCAAGCAGGGCUGAGGCAGCCGAGAAGGCUAAAGCAGCACUUGAGGAACAUAUAAGACGGUGGAAAGAGCAAAAAGCAAGGAGAAGGGCUGCUAUAACAGCACUUCGCGAGGAAUCGAUUUCCAGAGAAAGCUAUAGUUUGAGUGAUGAGCAGGCUCCUAAACAUUAUCAGCCAUUAGGUAAGGUUCUCAAUAUGAAAUUCUAG